GGAGUCCGGCACUCCCUCAGGCCGCGGACGCGAUGCGGACUGCUGCUGCUUUGGCGGCGGAGCUGACAGGAACGUGACGGGCUCCCCUUUGCCUCACCUUCCAUCCUUACGCCUGUAGGUCGCCGGGCGAUCCGCAGUCGGGCCGCGGCCGAGGAGGCAGUGCGACCUCCGCACGAUUUUAUCAAAUUUUAAGGACAAAUGUACUUUAUAGCUCAUGGAAGAAAAAAUACAAAUCAAGACAUUUUUGGGUUCCAAGUUGCCAAAGUAUGGAACAAAAUCUGUAAGAAGUACACUUCAGCCAAUGCCAAGUGGGACAGCUGUUACUUUAUUAGGAACUUCCAAGAGUAGUAACAUCAAAAGUUACAUCAAAAAUAAUGGCUCAGAUUGUUCAUUGUCCCAUUCAUUUAAUUGGAGAAAAACAAAUAAAUACCAGCUUAGUGCACAAAGUACCGAAGAGCUUAACACUACUCAGAAGUCACAUGAUAAAUUAAUUAGUCCUGAAAAACAUGCUCCUACUCAAGGAAUAUUUGAUACAAAUGGGGUAAAGGGAGGUUUGAAAAGUGUUUCUUUAUUUACGUCAAAGUUAGCAAAGCCAUCCACUAUGUUUGUGUCAUCUACAGAGGAAUUAAACCAAAAGUCUUUUUCUGGACCAUCUAACUUGGCUAAAUUCACCAAAGGCACCUUAUUAGGAAGGACUUCAUAUUCUUCAGUCAGUGCUCCAAAAUCUCAGUUGAAUGGAUAUUAUGGAAAUCGAUCGACUGGUAGCAUGCAAAGGCCCAGAGCAAACUCCUGUGCCACCAGAAGCAGUUCUGGAGAAUGCUUAGCACAGUCCCCAGAUAAUAUUAAAUCUAUUGCUUGUGAAAAAAUGGUAAGGUCACAAAGUUUUUCACAUUCCAUUCAGAAUUCAUUCCUUCCUCCUUCAUCUAUAACCAGGUCACAUUCCUUCAAUAGAGCUGUAGAUCUUACAAAGCCUUAUCAGAACCAACAGAUACCCAUUAGAGUGCCUCUUCGGUCAAGAAUGCUAGCAAGAAAUUCCCGACAGUCAGAAGUACUCAAUGGGAAUGAACAUUUAGACUGUGGAUUUAAUAGGCCUUAUCCUGCUGGUGGAAAGAAGCUGGCUCUACCAAAUGGCCCAGGUGUAACUUCUACUUUGGGUUAUAGGAUGGUUCAUCCCUCUCUACUAAAAUCCAGCCGACCUUCAUUUUCUGGGACCAUCACAGUUGAUGGUAAUAAAAAUUCAUCCAUUGAGACAUGUGUAGAGGAAGAGGCUACAGUUUUGGCAAAGGACAUUACUACUAAUAAGGACCAAGAACUAAUUGAAAAUGAAAGUUAUAGAAUAGAAAAUGAACAAACCAUGAAGCAUGAUGCUAAAAUUAGAUACUUGAGUGAUGAUGUGGAUGAUAUUUCCUUGUCGUCUUUGUCAUCCUCUGAUAAGAAUGAUUUAAGUGAAGACUUUAGUGAUGAUUUUAUAGAUAUAGAAGACUCCAGCAGAACUAGAGUAACACCAGAGGAAAUUUCUCUCAAAGAAGAAAAGCAUGAAACUGUACCAUCAAAGGAUGUAUUUGAUUCCCCUAAGAAAAAUGAAAAAGGCUUUAGUAGAACUGAUGAAUGGACAGAUAUAAGUGUCUCUGACAGGAGUGAUUAUACAAAACAUACUGCUGGAAAUAACUUGAUUUCACCAGAUGCAGAUUAUAGAGCUGGUUCUUCAUUUGAACUCUCUCCGUCUGAUAGCUCUGAUGGGACAUACAUGUGGGAUGAAGAAGGCUUGGAACCCAUUGGAAAUGUGCACCCAGUUGGCAGCUAUGAGUCCUCUGAAAUGAACAGCAUAGAUAUUUUGAAUAAUCUUGAGUCAUGUGACCUUGAGGAUGAUGAUCUUAUGCUUGAUGUGGAUCUGCCUGAGGAUGCACCUCUUGAAAAUGUGGAGUGUGACAAUAUGAACCGCUUUGACCGAUCAGACAGAAAUGUUCGCCAGUCUCAGGAAGGAUUUUGGAAAAGGCCAUCCCAGAGAUGGAGUGGACAGGAACAUUACCACCUCAGCCAUCCUGACCACUAUCAUCACCAUGGAAAAAGUGACUUGAGCAGAGGCUCUCCUUAUAGAGAAUCCCCUUUGGGUCAUUUUGAAAGCUAUGGAGGGACCCCCUUUUUCCAGGCUCAGAAGAUGUUUGUAGAUGUGCCAGAAAACACAGUGAUACUGGAUGAGAUGACCCUUCGACACAUGGUCCAAGAUUGCACGGCUGUAAAAACUCAGUUACUAAAAUUGAAACGUCUGCUGCAUCAGCAUGAUGGAAGUGGGUCAUUACAUGAUGUUCAGCUAUCAUUGCCAUCCAGUCCUGAGCCAGAAGAUGGGGAUCAAAUAUAUAAGAAUGAAGAUUUAUUAAAUGAAAUAAAACAACUUAAAGAGGAAAUAAAGAAAAAAGAUGAAAAAAUUCAGCUAUUAGAACAUCAGCUUGCAACCCGAUGUGACUGUCAUCAAAAAUCUAAAGAGGAAAAACGCACAUAUGCUGAUAAGUACACUCAAACUCCCUGGAGAAGAAUUCCUCCUCAAGUACUACAGCCUUCCAGCAGCCUUCCCAGAUCCACAGACCACACCCAGGGAAAACUAACAAGGCCACAACAUAUCGAGGCCCACAGUGAAUGUGCAGUCCAGGUUAUGCAUAAGGGUGGUUCACAUUCAGAUGGAAGCUUUACACAUGGCUUGCAACAAGAAAGUAACUAUGGUUUAGAAGACCGGCCUUUUUCCUCAAGCCCACAGUUCAAGAUGGAUGUGGUGAAGAGUACACCUUCUGAAAUGAACUUGAACAUGACCGUAAAUGCUCAAGAGCCUUAUCACUUGGCAAAGAAUCAAAUUAGUGAGAUGCAGUUUAUACCUGCUUCUCUUCAGACACCUCCCCAGUCAAGUACAGUAGAUCAGCCUAAGAGAGUUGGAAGAGAGCAGUCUUCACUGGUGGGCUACCCAUCGCAGCCCAAGUCCUUGCAUUUUUUAAAGCCAUCUAUCUUGAGUUCUUUGGUACCUCCUCCAGAUUCUGAAUCAUCUCCAAGUAGGACUCCCACUUGUAAGAAAUCACCAAUAAUCACACCAUGUAAUUCAGCAAAACUUCAACCAACAUCUAGUCAAACAAAUCUUGCAAAUAAUCUGAAUCUGAAAGCAUCUAAGCUCCGCCCCCCUUCCAGCUCUUUCAAACAAAAACAAAUAAGCAGCCCCGGACUAGAGCCUCAAAACUUCCAGGCCAAGACAAACAUUCCAAGGCCACUAACACGGCAAAAAGAAAUCGUGCAGAAUCCAAAUGGCAAUUUGCAUUCUGGGGAUUGUUUGGCCUCUAAUCGAUGUUCUCGUCUUCCUAAGCCAAAGAUACAUUAAGUGUAUAGCCAUCACCUGCCAAUUUGUUUUUUUUUUUUUAAAAACCAACCUGUUCUGUAAUAGCUUUAUGUGCAGUUUGCCAUCAUGUUGGAGGUUCCAUCGAAAGCCUGCAAAUCUUAAAAUUAAAAUGUGGAAGCUUCUAUUAAGUUUGGCUCUUCUAUUUUACACCUUGGUUGAAGUAUAUACUAUUUAAGUAUCCUUGUCUCAGGUAAACACAGAAGUUUGCUUUCCCCAUCUCAGAGGCCCAGCAUGGUCUCUGCUCAUGCUGUCCCUUCUGCACAUCAGAAGAAUCACCAUGUUUCCCUUAGCAGGCAAGAAGUGUGCUUUGCUGACUGAGUUCUUCUGUGGUCUGUGUUAACUGUGGUUAUCAGAACUCCCCCCCACCCCCCGGCUUAUUCCUCCUGUGAAUAUGGCUACUAUUUUAACUAAAGAUAUGAUAAUGGAAGAUGGUACUCUUUAAGCAGAGUUCUGGCCAGUGUUUUGUAUAUUGAAAAGGUCUAUGCAAAAGCUUUGUGGUGAAUAAAGAUCAGGCUUUGAGUGGGAAGUCCAUGUAAGUUUUAUUUCUCCUUGCUUAGGAUCUGCAAGCUAGUCUUACUGUUUAUUCAUUUUCCAGACAGAUUCCCUAGGCUGACAGUAUUAUUAUAUAUGAACCAGUUAUUUGCUUUCUUUGAUAUCUUGUUUCUCUCAUACAAACAUACCAUUUGUGCUUGUACUGGGUAAAUUUGGAGAGCUUGAGGUACACCUUGAAACCUGUGCCUAAGGUGUAUCCAUUUGUAACCUAUGUUGGUGCUAGAGUCUUACUGGCAAUUCAGUUUUGAACGAUAUAGGGUUAUGGAUCCAUCAUAGCUGCUUUAAGGUUCUGCAGCAUAUAUUUUAAAUUGUCUUUAUUGUAAUAUUUAUAUUUAUUGACUUUCUGCUAAUAUAAGACCAGAAUAAUGGACUUGAAAUAUUUGCACAAAAAUUUGAUGGUACAUAAGUAUCCUAUGCAUAGGGAUUUAAAGCUUAUUUUCUGUAACAAAAUAAGUUAGAAUUGAGAAAAUUAUAAAUUUAAGUAAGACUAUCCUGACAAAGUUAGAAUUCAUAAUAGUUUUGCUUUUCUGAAUUUCCUAGGUUUCUCUUUUCUGUUGAUACAUAUUUGAAUGACAGUUUCUUAAAAAGUAGAUUUGGCAAGAAAAAGAAUUGUAGAUGGGAAAUUGAAUUUAAUUAAAAGGUAUUUCAAAGGGAAUAUGCUUAUUUAUUUUAAUAUGCUAUGGAAGGUAGCUGUGGAACCUCCAAGCAACCAUGUGCAAAAACCCAAUCAUGCUGCAGGCCAUUGUCAGACAGUUCAGUAAAUUUGCUUUCUGUUCUCCCAAAUCAUGUCAUCUUUAGGCUGGUCAUUCCCAGCUGAUUUAAUUGGAAUUAAUAUUUUCAGACAGAGUUGAUUAGCUGACCAAAAAUAUGUCAAAAGGAGUUGUGGGCAAAGAGUAGUCACUCAAAUUUCUAGAAAUUCCUUUAAAUAAUGUACACUGAUGAAAUUGUCCCUUUAUAGAGAAACCCAGGUGCUUUAGCAGGAAUAGGUUUUUGCUAUCAUUUUGUUGCAGUUUUUCCUUACGCAUCAGAACCAUUCAAGUAAAUUUGAUGUUCAGUGACACAAACCUUUCUUGGAUUUGAUAACAGGUGAGCAGCACAAAUCUAGUCAUAUUCUCACACCAUUGCACUUCUGCCAGAGAAGCACUGGAGUUCAGAAAAUCCUUCAUAUAGUACCAAUAUUGUUAACAUACAGUCACCACACAUAUCAGCAAAGCUCUUCUUUCUUCAUGGAAGUGAGCCAGAAUGACUGUAGCUGUAUGUGGGUGCAGGUAGAUGGUCUUUGAUUUUGAAGAAGAAAGCUGAUCUCUUAUGUUGUAAAUAGGAUGCUAUCCUACUUUAUUUCCUUAAAGUAAAACAUACUAAUGAAUUAGUAAACUUUGAUUUACUUGGAGUUGGUAGAGAUCCUUCUGACAUAUUAAGUUGGCCUUAUCCUUAGGGGAAAAGUUUAAAAUUUUUAAUUUAUUCUUAAUCCCCUACUGUGAUAGAAGUGUCUCUAUUUUCAAUCAUGUAAAAAUGUUGACGCCAUGAAUUUGUUUAUUCUAAUCUUUUUCCCCACUAUGAAUCUGCAGAAAUUUUAGCCCAUCAGUUCAGAUUCUCUGUACCUUUAUGAUCCUUAAUCUUGGCAGAAGAUUAGGUCAAUAUAAUUUAGAAGCAUAAUAUACUUAAGAGAAAAAUAUCUGUGAUGUUUGUAUAAAUAACAUAAGUAUUUGCCUGCAGUUUUCUUUAAAAGAUGUAAGAAUAUCUUUCUUGUCUGCUCUGUAGUAAAUGUUAAGUCAGAAAUGGAAGUGAGGAUGUAGCUCUCCUGCAUGACCAGAGAUCACCCUCUCAGAUUUGGCCUGAUCUGCUUAUUGCUUCUGUAUAUCAACUCUGUGCCAGGUCCCCCUCCACAGAAACUUAGAUCACUCAUUCUCUUAGUUCUUGUGGUUGAAGCAUAUGAAUUUUAAGUCCUGCAGAAGUUUUAUGAGGGUUAAGUUUCACAAUUGUGGGAGAAAAUUAAGAGUGUGCAGACAUAUAUUUGACAUAUAUUAAUGGGAUACAUACUGAUAUUUUUAAAAGAAAGUUUGGCCUAAGGAGUUUAUUAGUUUAGGUACAGGUUUUUUAAGGCAUUAAACAAAGGAUCAUAGAGUUACAUCAUUUAGAAUGUUUCUAAUAACAGACCAUCUAGCAUUAUUCUUUUGGAGUCUCAUUUUCAUUUGUGCAAUAUUUUCAGGCAUAUAGAAAACUGUUCAUUGUAUAGAUAUUAAGGAGCUUAAUAUUUUAACAAGUAAAAAUCUGAAUAUGAAAGAAAUUGCCAGAUUUGCACUUUAAAUGAGCUUAAUUGCUUGGAGUUGUGCCUGAAAUAUCAAAAUGCCUCCUCUUUGAUGUAGUUUUGUUUAGUGAAAUGAAUUUCUCUGUAAUUGUUGCUGUUUGAAGAUAUCAGUACAGCCUUUCACAGAAUUAUAUUCCUAGCAUGUUACUUUUCCCAUUAAAGCACUAAGUUUUCUUUGAAUGUUUCAUUGUCCCCUUAAGUAUUUUAGUCAAAGAAUCAGGAGAAUGUGACCCCUAUAACUGUCACUUCCAAAGGUUCCUGUGGCAUGGGUGGUGCUCCAGACACAGAGGUAUACUCUUGGUUCCCAGCAGUAGCCUCUUGGGCUCCAGGGCACUGGGGAUGUACUUUCGCCGGGCUUGUAUGGAAAUGCAGUGAGACUGCAGCACUGUUUCAGUUCCCUCUCUGUCUUACACAGUAGUUCUCAUGUUAACUGAGUUUGGGGUCAUUAUGUUUGCAUGCUUAUGCACACAUUUGAAAAUUAAUUAUAACUGUAGUACAGAUUUUUCCUCGGGAUAAUGGCCUUCCUAUUUUUUUUAAUUCCAUUGCUUGAAUUCUGUUUUCUGUUGGUCUUUUCACAUGUCCCUUUACAUUUCCUGCUGCAGCAAUUUGAGAGAAUAUAUUAGGAUAAAUGAUUAUGACAGUGAACGCCAGUCUACAAUUAUGUUAUUAAUUAAAGAUAUAUGUCUUAACCUUAUUAGAGAAAAUCUACUCACAUUUCAUUUUGAUAAAGCAUU